AUGUGUCAUACGUGCGGAGGCUGCGAGGAUCAGAGCUGUCAGGAAUACGCUGCCUCGCUUGAAGAGGAGGAGGCGCCCCCGCGGAGCCGCUCCCAGCCGCCACCGGGCAGCGGAAAUCCCCCGCAGCCCGGCCCGACCCUGCCCGGGGGCGCCGAGCGGCGCUCCCCGCGCCCGGGGCUCUCCGGGCAGUCCCCGGCCCUCUCGCGGGGCGCUCUCCCACGACCAUCACUUCCCCUCUGCUCCGGGGCCGCGCUGUCACCUCACCCCCCGCGACGUCCCACGCACAGCAGGCCGAGAGCCAACACCCCGCCGCGAGCCGGACCCGCACCCGUGGGCCGGGAGACAAUGAGCAGCUACAACUCACCAGCAGCGCCGGAGCUUCGCGGGUCCGGGGGCGGUUCCUUUGCCCCUUCUCCUUCCCCUUCUCCUCCGCCUAGGAGCGGUAUCCGGCCGCCGGGAGCCGAAACCCCCCCUCCCCUCGCCGCCCGAGAGCCUUCGCCGGACCGCCGGUCACGCUCCCUCCCCGAGGAAAGUCACUUUAUUCCCCGCUCCAACAUGGCUGCUCCCCCCGCCGCCGCCGCCGCAGCAGCAGCUUUCUCCUCGCCGCGGCUCCCCGCCGCCGCCACCGGAGAGCGGCCGCAGGCCGUGCUCGGGAGCCGCCCGGCCGGCCGCUGGCGGUGCCGAGAGCGUCAGCCGAGCCGGGCCGCGGGGGUGUGCGAGAAAGGGGCAAGCCGAGGCGAGCCGGGCUGGGCUGCGCGUCCCCGCUGCGGGCUGACGCCUCCGCCCGCUCGCACUGAGCCAGCCCCGCCGGCUCCGGGCGCAGGAGGGGCCGCGGGGACGCCCGUGCGCCGGCGACACCUGGCGGCCGAGGCGGCCCCGGCUGAGCCGGCGGCUGCGCGGGGAGCGGGGUGGGGGGGUCAGGGCGGAGCGCGGGGAAUGCCCCGAGCGGCGGCGCGAGGAGCGGGGGCUGCCGCAGCGCUUUUCUGGGCCGCCCUCCCCGCUGCGGGGGAGCCCGGCCGCGCCGAGCCGAGCGGGGCGCUGCUGCCGUUCGCCGAUCCUCUAGCGGCCCUGCGCGCCCGCCUCCUCCCGCGGGAGGAAGUGGGUCUCACCGGCAGAGGCUCCCAGGAAGCCGCCCGGGGCCCUGCGUGCUGCUGGCCGUCCGAGGGGUCUCCCCGAGCCGUUUCGUCUAGGGCAGGGUAG